AUGGCCUUAACUGGGCUCAAAUCGCUCAUUUCGGGUUUGUACAGGAAAGUACACGAGCAAAGCAAUGCAAUAAGCAAGCAGGAAGAGCACGUCGACUUUUUGAACGACGCGGCUUCGCUCAUAGACAUUGAGCUUGCCACGGGGGUUACCAUCCAUGCUGAGGCUGUCCGGCUGCAGGAUGAACGCCACGCGCUGGAGGGCUUGACUUAUCAGCUAGACGUGGCCCUGGAUUCGUGGCGGGGAGCGGACGAGAACAGAUCUUGGCCCGGAUUUAAUAACCGCCAAAUGGGUUUGUCUACAGCGGGCAGCGCCCACUCGGAGCCGCUGCCCGUUCGAAUGGAACAGACGCCCCCCGAAUCGAAAAGGGAGACCUACGUCUUUGACAACCUACUGUACAACCCCAAGGUAGGUGCCAGCGCAAAGUACACGCUCAACUGGAUGAAACGGAAGCGCUCGCCCAAGGCCCACCCCGCGCAGCUUGCGCGCGGGGCAGAUUGGUACUGCGAGGGCGACGAAUUUCACGAAUCGCAUCCAUGGGCCGAAGAGCGCGAGCAGCUGGCGGAGCUGGAGAGACGCGAACAGGCGGCCAUCCGGACCCGCAGCCCCGGCACCUGGGGCGGCAACGGCAGCGGGCUGAGAGCGCGCCGCUCGUUCGGCCAAGAGGUAAGCAUGGAGCCGCCGCGCCGCAAGUUCCGGCCGUUCCCGGACGAGCCCAAGUUCAACGACCAGGACUACGAUCCGUAUUUCUGGGAGAAGAACCAGCGCCCGGGCAACAUGUGGGCCCCGCGCCUGGCCUGCGCCCCUUGUUAUCAGGAGGACCAGAUCUCUCCAAAAACUGUGUCUCGCCCGCAGCUGUCGUCGGGCGACGAGGGCAUGUUACCGUGGCCCCAGGUAUAUGAAUACUAA